AUGCUCGAAGGAGCACAAAUGAAUUANUUUACUUACAGAGAGCAACAUGGAGGAUGGGCAUUUGAGUGGCCUUCAACAAAGAUGCUCGAAGGAGCACAAAUGGUAGAUUCGUUCAGAAAACUGCAUCCGAAUCCGCUGACUAAACCAGGAAAUACUUGGUCUACGGUUGAGAAGAAAACAAGUGGAGGUUGGGGAUGGACGAUUCCCGAACCACAGGAUCGGAUUGACUUCAUAUUUUACAAGGGCACUUCAUUGCAACCCAUCAAAUCAACCACAUAUCAAGGACGUGACGUCGUAUGGCCCAAACCAUAUCACUGGCAUAAUGACUAUCCAUCAGAUCAUUUUGCAGUCAUCACAACUUUUGCUCUCAUUCGAGGUUAUUAA